GCCCGGAGGCUGUCGGGAAGUAGGCGGGGUGACGUGGGGUUGAGGAUCUCCGCGGCGGGUUUGCUGAGAAUUGUGGCCGGCGGCAGCUGGUUGCGGGGGGCGGCCGAGUGCGAGAGUGGAGCGGGGCGGUGUGUGGCUGGGGCCAUGACGGGCAAUGCCGGGGAGUGGUGCCUCAUGGAAAGCGACCCCGGGGUCUUCACCGAGCUCAUUAAAGGAUUCGGUUGUCGAGGUGCCCAAGUAGAAGAAAUAUGGAGUUUAGAACCUGAGAAUUUUGAAAAAUUAAAGCCAGUUCAUGGGUUAAUUUUUCUUUUCAAGUGGCAACCAGGAGAAGAACCAGCAGGCUCUGUGGUGCAGGACUCCAGACUUGACACAAUAUUUUUUGCGAAGCAGGUAAUUAAUAAUGCUUGUGCUACUCAAGCCAUUGUCAGUGUGCUAUUGAACUGUACUCAUCAAGAUGUCCAUUUAGGAGAGACAUUGUCAGAGUUUAAAGAAUUUUCACAAAGUUUUGAUGCAGCUAUGAAGGGUUUGGCAUUGAGCAAUUCAGAUGUGAUUCGACAAGUGCACAACAGUUUUGCCAGACAACAAAUGUUUGAAUUUGAUGCAAAGACAUCAGCCAAAGAAGAAGAUGCUUUUCACUUUGUCAGUUACGUUCCUGUUAAUGGAAGGCUAUAUGAAUUGGAUGGAUUAAGAGAAGGACCAAUUGAUUUAGGUGCGUGCAAUCAAGAUGACUGGAUUAAUGCAGUAAGGCCAGUCAUAGAAAAAAGAAUACAAAAGUACAGUGAAGGUGAAAUUCGAUUUAACUUAAUGGCGAUUGUGUCUGACAGAAAAAUGAUAUAUGAACAGAAGAUAGCAGAGUUACAAAGACAACUUGCAGAGGAGGAACCUAUGGAUACAGAUCAGGGUAAUAUGUUAAGUGCUAUUCAGUCAGAAGUUGCCAAAAACCAGAUGCUUAUUGAAGAAGAAAUACAAAAAUUGAAAAGAUACAAGAUUGAAAAUAUCAGAAGGAAGCACAAUUAUCUGCCUUUCAUUAUGGAAUUGUUAAAGACUUUAGCAGAACACCAGCAGUUAAUACCACUUGUAGAAAAGGCAAAAGAAAAACAGAAUGCAAAAAAAGCUCAGGAAACCAAGUGAAGAGGAUACGUUGGGAUGUGUACUCAGCUCUGCAUCUGAACUUACUCUCCUGCAAACCAUUAAGUCUAAGGAACUUUGAGCAGUGUCCUAAUUGACUCAGUGCACGUUUGGCAAAAGUACCAGUCUGUCUUGUCUGUAAUGCAUGGAUCCGUAACUUUUUCCCCACCUGCAUCAUGUGCAUGUAGUACAUAUUAAAUAAAAUUGAUACUAAGAGUGCUUGCCCAAAUUUUAUUAUUUGACAUUGGAGCUGAAAACUCUUGUUGGUACUCUGGAUAUUUAACUAUAGUCAAGAACCUUGGAAAUGCACAAAUGAUAUUCUUUACCUGUUACUGUUCUAAUUGAUUUUUUUUUUUAGCUUUCAGUUUAUUAAUGUCAGCUCUAAAUUAAGUUGGAUCUUCUGUUUCUUAUCAUUAACAGGAAAUCAAUAUUUUUGUCUUUGAUAUAUUUUGAAACUCAAAACUGAAUUUUAUCUUACAACAAUUAUUUGAUUUUCAUGCCAAUCAAUUGAAAAGAAUGAAAAUAGUUUCUGGUGAUUUUCACUGAUGCCAACAGAAAAGGUAAUAAAUACUCCAAUUUUAUUUUACAAAACUUUCUUGAGGUGUUUGGAGUUCAUGGUAUAGUUAUCUAGAGAAGUCUGGGUAUUAUACUUCAAAACAAAAUUUCAGGUUAAGAACAAAUUGUAAAUUUUAAAGAGUUUUGGUGUUUCUCUGCAUUUGGCAACCUUUAUGCUGUUAGCUGUAUCUUUAUUGAAAGUUACAGGUUUGACAGUUCAGGUUAUUUGCUUUAAAAAAGAAAGAUGGCAGUGGUAGUAGAGAACCUUCUAUGCUAAUUUGAACAAAAUUAAUAGAUUCCACAAUUUCUAAGAGUCGUGUACAAUUUGCUCAUAAUGAAUUAUUUUUUUUCUCUUGAAGUUGUUCAGAUUUUUAUUUUAUAAAUUAACAUUGUACUAUAUUCUUGUUCUUAAGCUUCUUUUCCAAGUUAAAUUUCAAAGGAAGUUUUAUAAAACUUUUUAUAAAGAAAAUAGUCUACUUUUUUCUUUACCAAGCAUGUUUUUAAAGUUGAUAUGUGGCCUUUUAAACAUUAUUUAUUGUAAAAUAAAUUUAACAUAAUUUAUUUUGUUAGGUAGAAUGUGCCCCCGUCUUUCAGCUUUAACACGUGACUUUUCUAGGAUUGUUACAAUUGUGGUAUUAAAUUACUUAGAACCAAUGGGAGGAAACCUGUGAGGAAAUUGAGAAGAAAAAUUAAUGAAAUAUUUUUCAUAUAUAAUUUCAAGUGAAGAUAAUAAGAAUAUGUAGUUUUUAAAUUACUUGUGCAUCAACAUAUUUUGCUCUUGAUACAAUAGUAAUUAUGGAGUGUUGCAAAGCUGUCAUACAAUUUUCAAAAUUUAUCUUAGGCUCAUUUUGAUCUCAUUCAUUUACUUCUUUUUAUUUCUGUAUUUUAUUGAGGCUUCAAUUCUGUAAAGCAACAUAAGGAUUGUUGUAGAAAGUAAUACCUAGUAAUCAAAUAAAUCAGUGGAAUACAAGAGAGGACCUAAAAACAGAUUUAUAUUUUUCUGAUCACUUGAUAUUUUAACAAAGGUGACAAAGCAAUCCAAUGUGAAAGGAGAAUCUUUUCAACAAAUAGAGCCAGAAUAAAGUAGCUGAAUAUUCACAUUGGGAAAAUGAACUAUGAUCUCACUACCUCACCAAAAUGAAUUUGAGUUGGAUCAUAGAGCUAAAGCAUAAUUUUUUUUUUUUUUUUUUUUUUUUUU